AUGUCUUCUAAUAAAGAAAAGCCUCUAUCACAUACGACCAUUCCAAUAUCUCGUAAUGAAACAUGUCAAAUUUCAAUCUCUCAACUACAGAUAACACCAUCGAUAAACUCCAAAUUCUCUUUUCUAUUUACGAAAGAAUUUGUUUUCAUUUUUUUACUCGGUCAAUUACUUUCGAUAUGCAUCACAGGUUCAAUUGUUCUUGUCACCGCUUUAACACUUAAUUAUAAUACCAGUUUACCUGCAACUCUAAGUUUUUUUAUGUAUACAACUUUGACUUCUAUUUAUACGCCUAUUACCAUCUAUAAGUAUGGUAUACGUGAAUACUUGAGAAUGCUUAGAGUUCGCGGAUGGAAGUAUGUAGAGGCGAAUUAUUUCGGAAUAAAAGCUUACGUGUAUACAUCUAUCCUAUCUACGAUCCUGCUUGACGCUUGGGCGAUCCCAGUGUGUGUGAUAUUAUCCAUAUUCUUUUUGCACGUAAAAUAUCAUUGGUCUCAAUAUUUGGGUGUGGGAAUUUGUAUGGCUGGAAUUGGUAUCUUGAUCGAGGCUGAUUUUCAAAGUGGAAAAGAUAUGUAUUAUGCAUUGGAUCCGAUAAAGGGUGAUAUACUUUGCUUAAUAAGUGCAACAUUUUAUGGAAUCUCUAAUGUUGCCGAAGAGUAUUAUGUGAGAAAACGGCCAACAUACGAAGUAUUAGGACAAAUGGGACUUUGGGGAAUGAUUAUUAGUGGAAUUCAAGUUUGGUUUUUAUUUAAAGCUGUGAUGCAUAUGCUAUAUCCAGUAGCAGCGGUCUGUACGAUAGUGGGUCUUUUGGUAUUUUAUAUAUAUCCAGCAACUCUACCAGUAAUUAAACUUGAUGACGAAGAAAAUGCAGAACAGGUUGUUUCAGAUGAAGAAGCUGCAACGACAAAUAUGUCUGAAUUAGUGACCAGGCAAUAA